CUCCCACUUAACAACUCACGUAUAAAUAGCUCUCUUCAGAGCACGUCAGUAGAUUUGCUUACGAGUGUCGUGAACGCACGAGUCGUCCGUGAUCAAGAAGUCAUUAUGGAGAAGACUUGUAGUAGUUCCUCUACGACCAGGCCUGCUGGCGAGCAGGCCGAAAUGAAACCCGAAGUGAAGGCCAGUUCUAAACCGAGACUGUCCUUCAGUAUUGACUCCAUCUUGGGCAAUCGUGACUCCACGCCUUCCAGACCCGCAGACGUUGUCCACGAAUCUCUCCCCGAGACACCGGAAAUUCGUGGAGAGUGCCGGGUUGAACCCCGCCCGGAGUCUUCCUGUAGUACGUCGAGUGACGUCUCAUUUGGCAGCCAUGACUCAGAGAGGUCUUUGAGUCCUGUAGCUGCUGUCACGUCUAUCAUGAGGCCUGUCCAGCCUAUGAUCCCCGCCCAGUGGCUGCCUUCGCAUCCCUACUACCAGUUCGCACAUUCAGUACAAGGAGCGCCUUCUCUUCCGAAAUUACCGAGCUCGGUUGUCCUUCGGAAGCACAAGGCCAACAGAAAGCCAAGGACGCCCUUCACCUCAGAGCAGCUCCUGUCCCUAGAGAAAAAGUACCGCGAGAAGCAGUACCUGAGCAUCGCCGAAAGAGCCGAGUUUUCCGCCUCAUUAAACCUGACAGAGACACAGGUUAAAAUAUGGUUCCAGAACAGGAGAGCAAAAGACAAACGCCUGAAGGAGGCCGAAAUUGAGAGACUCACGAGGCCUUUAUACCCCGCGUAUGGAGCCCUCUUGCCCAUGGGGGCCCAGUUACCGUCAUUUCCACUCCAGCGGCCGCUCGUUCCCCUUCUGGGAUAGUGGGAGGGUUGGAAGAUCCGCUCAAACAACCCCACCCACGUCCUCCACGCUCGGACAGCCUCCCUGGGGCCCCGUCGGUCGGUGGGGAUCGAUUGGACCGGACGUUAUUGGCCUUCGGUGCCGAGGAUGGACACCGUUCUUGAGGAGGAACCAGAGCGCGCCUCAGUCGGUAGUUGUUUCUUUCUCUAGUGGUUCGUUCGCACUUAGACGGAUAAAUUAGCCAAGGUAAUGAGGCACCUCUUCCCCCUCCCCCCACCCAGCCCC